AUGGUCUUCGCUCAGCUCGUCGCCCGCUCCACCAUCGGCGCUGUCCGAUCCGCCUCGCGAACUCAGGUGCGAGCUCUUUCCAGCUCUGCCGUCGCCUCCAAGGACUUCGUCCAGGAGCUCUACGUCAAGGAGCUCAAGGGCUACAAGGCUCCCCCCAAGGCCGCUGACUCUCACAAGGGUCAGGUGCGCGAGUUUGCGACCCCCUCGGCGCCCAAGGCCCCCGCUGUGCCCUCGUCGUCGGAGCUCUCUUCGCAGCUCGAGGCCUACUCCUCGUCCGAACCCGACCACGCCGAGGCCCCCGCUUCGUCUUCGUCGGAAGGCGCGCUGACCGAGGGUGGCGAUGUCAACGCCUACCUGCGCGAGGCUGCUGCCGACGUCAAGGUCGAGGCUCACCACUAA